AAUGAACUAGUGGAUGGAAGGCGCGAAGCGUAACGAGUCUUCCGUGUCAGACCGACCCAAAGCGGUACCCAUCUUCAAAUACGACGUCGUCGCGCGUGGCUUCUUCUCCUUCCCUAAUAACCCAACCCAAAUCGAGUUAGGGUUAGGUUUUUACGAAAUCAGAAAACACAAAUCACUUCACAAUUUACUCUCCAUUAAUCACUAUAAUUCGAUUAAUCCUCUAAACGAUCUAUAUCUCCUCUUUAAUUCCUCAAUUUCUUCAUUCGAUUUCAUCACCAGCAGAUAGAACACGCUUCAUCUUCUAUAUCACAACAAUCGUUCAGUGGCAGUGGCGGUGGUUCAUUGGGAUCUUGGUGCUUGUGAAUUAGCUGAUUCAGAAUGAAAGAAGAGGAAGAAGAUAGAGCUCUGUUAAGUAGUCUUGGAGUUACAUCAGCAAACCCGGACGAACUUGAACAUGAUAUAUUAGAACAGGCAAGAAACCAUGCUGAACAGGGCAGCCAAGUGGGAGUUACCAAUGAACCAUCAUCUGCCAGCCAAACAGAUGUUCUCAAUAGAUUAAGAGCUGUAAACGUUGAAAUAGAUGCUGUUGCAUCCACAAUCGAAGAUGUGAAAAACAUUUCAAGAACCGAAGAACGAGGAAACGAUAACGAUGAUGAGAGUGAACCGUUAGAUGGAAAAGAAAGCAUUCUGCAGGCUUCUAAUGAUCUAACCCUUCAACAUGCUCUAGCAACCGACCGAUUGGAAAGCCUAAAGAGGACAAAGGCUCAACUCGAGAAACAAGUUGCAAGUCUCGGAAAUGGAUCUAAAGUUGGUAAACAGGAAAGCAUCUUGAAAUAUCUUGUUAAAGAAGAACCAACUCACAAGCGGAAGCAGAAAGAAGUUCCAAAAACAGGUAAGAAAUCGAAGCGACAUAAAACAGUAGCCUUUAGUGACGAUGGUGAUUUCGAUGCUGUUUUAAACGCAGCCUCUGCUGGAUUCGUUGAAACAGAAAGAGAUGAGUUGGUUAGGAAAGGAAUUCUAACUCCGUUUCAUAACCUAAAAGGAUAUGAACGUCGAAUUACGGAACCAGGCCCAUCUAAUGCAACUGAAGAAGUCAAUAAAGUCAAUGAUUUUUCGUCUGCCAGCAUAUCAAGAACUGCUAAGUUAAUAUCAGAGGCUGCAAAGGCUCGUCCUACAACAAAGCUAUUAGAUCCAGAUUCCUUACCAAGACUUGAAGCGCCAACACGUCCUUUUCAAAGACUUAGAACCCCUUAUAAAAAUCCGCAGUCUCAGAAAAACAAUGGAGAAAAGUCUAAAGAUUCAAAUAGGAAAAAAGGGCGGCCUUUGCCUGAGAAGAGAUGGAUGAAACGAGCAUCUCGUGAGCAGAAUCUUUCUGAAGAAACGGAUGACACAAGAGGCUCUAGUAUCGAAGAUGAUAAUCAAGAAAUCGAUGAAGAAGCAGAAGAAGGUGAUGAAGCUAGUUUUGUGAAACUAGAAGGUGGAUUAAACAUUCCAGAUUCUAUUUUCAGUCAACUAUUUGACUAUCAAAAGGUUGGUGUACAGUGGUUAUGGGAGCUUCAUUGUCAAAGAGCCGGUGGAAUAAUAGGAGACGAAAUGGGCCUCGGAAAAACCAUUCAAGUUUUAUCAUUUCUCGGCGCUCUACAUUUCAGUAAAAUGUAUAAACCGAGUAUAAUCAUAUGUCCCGUCACACUUUUACGGCAAUGGAAACGAGAAGCAAAAAAAUGGUAUCCAAACUUUCAUGUGGAAAUACUGCAUGAUUCCGCUCAAGAUUCCUCGUAUAAGAAGAAACAAGCAAAAUCAGAUGAGAGUGAUUACGAAACCACCGAGAGUGAAGAAGAAGAAGAAGAAAAAAAAAUAUAUUCAAAAAGCAAGAAAUGGGAUUCGUUAAUAAACCGUGUUUUGAGAAACGAAGCUGGUUUGUUGAUUACCACGUAUGAGCAGUUACGGAUUCUUGGAGAAAAACUGCUUGAUAUUGAAUGGGGAUAUGCGGUAUUAGAUGAAGGACAUAGAAUAAGAAACCCUAAUGCGGAAGUUACGUUGGUUUGCAAACAGUUGCAAACCGUUCAUCGUAUUAUAAUGACGGGUGCACCUAUUCAGAACAAGUUAAGUGAACUUUGGUCGUUGUUUGAUUUUGUAUUUCCUGGAAAAUUGGGUGUUCUGCCCAUAUUUGAAGCCGAAUUUGCGGUUCCGAUUUCUGUUGGUGGUUACGCUAAUGCGUCACCUUUGCAAGUAUCCACUGCUUACAGAUGUGCAGUUGUUCUACGUGACUUAAUAUUGCCGUAUCUUCUUAGAAGAAUGAAAGCAGAUGUAAACGCACAACUUCCAUCAAAAACCGAACACGUAUUGUUUUGCAGUCUUACAUCAGAUCAACGAUCUCUGUACCAAUCAUUCCUUGCCAGCUCAGAAGUCGAACAAAUUUUCAACGGAGAAAGAAACUCACUUUACGGAAUCGACGUAAUGCGUAAAAUUUGCAAUCAUCCCGAUUUACUUGAAAGAGAACACGCAGCCCAAAAUCCAGAUUACGGAAACGAAGAACGAAGCGGGAAAAUGAAAGUUGUUAAACAGGUACUCAAGGUUUGGAAAGAACAGGGUCAUAGGGUUCUUCUUUUUGCACAGACGCAACAGAUGCUUGAUAUUCUUGAGAACUUUUUGAUCGGUGAGUGUUAUACGUAUAGACGGAUGGAUGGGUUGACACCGGUGAAACAGAGGAUGGCUUUGAUGGACGAAUUUAAUAAUUCUGAUGAGAUUUUUAUAUUUAUUUUGACGACUAAAGUUGGUGGGCUCGGGACGAAUUUGACCGGUGCCAAUAGAGUCAUCAUCUUUGACCCUGAUUGGAAUCCGUCCACUGACAUGCAGGCGAGAGAGCGUGCAUGGCGUAUUGGUCAAACAAAAGACGUAACAGUUUAUAGACUAAUAACCCGUGGAACAAUAGAGGAAAAAGUGUAUCAUCGACAAAUAUACAAACAUUUUUUAACCAACAAAAUCUUAAAAAAUCCACAACAGAAAAGAUUCUUCAAGGCCCGAGACAUGAAAGAUCUCUUCAGAUUAAGUGAUGAUAGAGAUAACGGCAGUACCGAAACAUCUAAUCUUUUCAGUCAGUUAUCUGAAGAUGUGAAUAUUGUUGCUUCUAAUGCAAGUACUCAAACGUUAAAUGGAGCAGCAAUUGUCAACAACGAGAAUCCUGCAACAGACACUAGUAAGUCAUCCCGGAAGAAAGAAAAAGAAAAAAUCGAUGAUUGCAACGAAGGGGCCGGCGAGGAAACAAAUAUUUUGAAAAGUCUUUUUGAUGCUCAGGGGAUUCAUAGUGCGGUGAACCAUGAUUUAAUUAUGAAUGCUAAUGAUGAGGAAAAGGUGAGGCUUGACGAACAAGCUUCUCAAAUUGCACACCGAGCAGCCGAAGCGUUACGUCAGUCAAGAAUGAUUAGAAGCCGAGAAAGUAUUUCAGUCCCGACAUGGACCGGUAAAUCUGGAACCGCAGGCGCACCUGGACCGUCUGUAACCAGGAAAUUUGGGUCAACCGUGAACACCAAAUUGAUUACCAGAACCCGAACCGAUGAAGGGUCGUCGUCCAACAACAAACGGUUUGUUGCCGGUGCGUCGGGUGGUAAAGCACUAUCGUCAUCUGAAUUACUUGCUAAGAUUAGAGGAACCCACGAGCAAGCGGUUGGUGAUGCACUUGACCAGCAAUUGUGUGCGGGUGCGAGUUCGAGUUCCAAUGGUCGGACCCGGUCAACUCGUAACUUGGGCGGGGUGCAACCCGAGGUUUUGAUCCGUCAAAUUUGUACUUUUUUACAGCAACGAGAUGGAAUCAGUGAUUCUGCUAGUAUAGUGAAGCAUUUUAAAGAGAGGAUUCCAACCGAAGAUUUGCCUCUAUUUAAGUCUCUUUUGAAAGAGAUUGCUACUUUAGAGAAAAACCCGAAUGGGUCAUCCUGGAUAUUAAAACCUGAGUAUCGUUAACACUGAUUAACGAUUCCCAACGUUUAAUUUUUGGAGGUACCGGCCAAAAUGGGUUUGCCGUUUGCCUUGUAUGGGUCGCUUUAGAGAAAAAAGUGAGUGCACCUGCAAGAUCGCUUUUACGGUGACUGGUUGCGACAAUGGUGGUGUCGGUGACGAUGGAUAUGAUAGGCGGCUAGUAGCGAUAAUGGUGGUAUCGGUGACGAUGGAUAUGAUUGUGGUGGCGAUGGUUAUAGAGAUGAUGAAUAUGGCCGGGGUGACGAUGGUGGAAAAUGGGUUACGGGGGACAAUGGUAUGUGGAGGUGGGGGUUGUGGAGGCGAUGUGGUGACAAUUAAAGGGGCAAUGGCGGUGGGAUGGCCGUGGAAGAGGUGGCGGCGGCAAGAUGCGAUGGUGGUCGUGACAAAAUUUCUUUUACCAGAUCAACUCACUUAGAAAGAAAAAAAAGCCCAAGUUGAAAGAGUCAUAGGCGAAACUCACUUAGAAAGAAAAAAAAGCCCAAGUUGAAAGAGUCAUAGGCGAACGAAUAAGGUAAUUGUCGAACGAAUAUAUUAGCUAUUCUUUCCAUUAGGAGUCGAUACUCUUGACAACAAUGAUUUAGUUUUGAUUUUAGGUUAUGGAAACUCUUACUGGCAUGCUAUUGUCUUUUAUAAAUGAUUAUCCGUUGUGGUGGGUUUGGGUUUUGGCGGUGGGUCUUGGUCGCCGGAAGAGAAGAGGAAAUGAGACGAGAGGGAAAGAGGAGGUAAUUGUGGGGACUCAAAGAAAGAAGAAGAAAAUUACAGGGUAAGGUUGUUAAUCUUACUAAGAAAUUGUACAAAGACUCUUUUGUCCUCAUAGAAUUGUGAAAUUAUCGUUUAUCCCCCCAAUUUGUUAUCUUUUAACUAGAAAAGUCAACUGAGUUAGUGUUGCUUUUUAGACAAGGGGAACACAAGCUUCCAAAAUCUCACAGGGGGACUUAAGAGGACACCGCCUGAUUAGGUCAGGGACGCAAAUUUCAGUUUACUCAAUAAUUUAUAUCAAUUUUUGUUCUC